AUGCUUUUCAAAAGUGCCGGAUUUUUACUUUGCCUUGCUAGCGCGUUCGUCGCUCAGGCUAUUCAAUUAAACUCUCCUAACAAGGAUACCGUUUGGAAGCCUGGUCAAACCAAUACCGUCUCUUGGGAUGCUGUUAGCACUGACCCUCAUAAGACCAAGGUGAUCUUGAUGAACAUGAAUAACUACCCCAACAGAAGAUACGAUCUCGGUACUGUCGAUACAUCUGAAGGCCAUUUGACCACCAACAUUCAACUAUCCAGUGAUCUCCCUCACUCUGGAUGGCAAAUCUACCUCGAUAGUGCCGAUGAAAUGAACACUGGUUCUUUGGCCCAAUCUCACACCUUCACCAUCGAAGGCAGUGGCACGAGUCUCAGUUCUGGUGGCAUCAGCGGUGGUAUCGUUUCUAGCACCUCCUCUUCUGCUAGCUCCACCCCUGCUUCUUCUUCCUCUGCUAGCUCUUCUGGCUCUUCUUCCUCUGCUCCCAGCAGCAGCAGCAGCAGUGGCUCUAGCUCUUCUGCUCCUUCCUCUUCUGUUUCAUCUUCUGGCUCCCUUACCUCCGAUGGCGCCAAGACUGCCAGCGGUAGCAGCAGCAGUGGAUUCUCUACUAAGUCUGGUCAAUCCAGUAGUGCUUCCAACUCUAAGGAUGGCUCUAGUAGUAGCCACGGCUCGAGCAGCAGCUCCGGUGCUGCUACCGAAGGUAUGACCAAGGUUGCUGUCGUCGGUUGCAUUGCAGUCGCUGCUCUUAUGGUUAUGGCUUAA